UUUUUAAAUAAUAUGACAGAACAGAAAAUUGCUUGUACUAAUUUAAUGCCUCAUUUUAAGUUACAAUGUUUUCGAAAUGUUUAAAAAAAGUUCUAGUGCGAAAUGUACGAUUUUAUAGUGAUAAAAAAGUUGGUAUUUUAGGCAUACCAUUUGACCAGGGACAAACAAAAAAAGGUGUUGAUUCUGCACCAACUGCCAUUCGAAAUUAUGGACUUAUAAAUAAAUUAAAAACAAUUGAAAAUUUGGAUAUAAGAGAUUAUGGAGACAUAUCCUAUAAACCUGAAACAGUGAGUUUGAAACCAGUUCCCAAUAUGAAAAAUUUGGAUCAUGUUGCUGCAUGCACCAAAGAAGUAUCUAAAGCCGUAAAUGAAAUUAUAACUUCUGGACGAACAGCCAUAUCAUUGGGAGGCGAUCACGCUUGUUCUAUUGGUACUGUAGACGGUCAUAUCCAAGCAAAAGGAUCUAAUAAUGUUGCGGUGAUAUGGGUCGACGCUCAUGGAGAUUUAAAUACUAAUUAUACAUCAGAUACGGGAAAUGUUCAUGGAAUGCCUGUUGCAAUACUAGUCAAAGAAUUAGCGGAUUAUUGGCCAUAUUUGCCAGGAAUGGAUUGGCAAACACCAUUAAUGCCAGUACGUAACAUUGCAUAUAUCGGUUUAAGAUCCGUUGAUAAAUACGAACGUUUUAUUAUCGAAAAAUUUGGUAUUCCUGCAUUUGGAAUGGAGGAUAUUGAAAGAUUGGGUAUUAAUGUGGUUAUGCAAAUGGUAAUGGCAAAAAUAGAUCCAUAUAAUAACAAAUCCUUACAUGUGAGCUUUGAUAUCGAUUCAUUGGAUUCUUUGGAAGCGCCAAGCACUGGUACGUCUGUUCGUGGUGGUUUAACUUUAAGGGAAGGUGUGAGUCUAAUGGAAGCAUUCUAUAGAACUGGUAGAUUAAAUGGGAUAGAUUUGGUGGAAGUAAAUCCUGAUAUUGGCGAUAAAAAAGAUGUAAAAACGACUAUUGAUGCUGCUAUUUCAAUUUUAAUGGCCGGAUGUGGACAUUUUCGGUCAGGUAUUUUACCAAAAGUGGAAGAUUUGCCUAAACCGAAAUAAGUUAUAUUCCUGGAAAAUUUUGUGCCUAUCCUUUAAUAAUUUUAUAAUCCAAAACAUAAUGAUAAUUGGAGUUCUAGGAAUUUUUCACUGUUGAUUUUUUGGCAAAACUUAUGGAAACUUGCACGUAUUAAUUGACAAUGAAGUAUUAGAUCUAUUUUGGAUCCUUAAUAUAGAGAUUAUGUCUAAAGAA